AUGUAUAGAAGAGCUGAGUGUAAUUCAGAAUAUGAGGUUCUCGAAGAAAUAGGUAGAGGAUCUUUCGGCGCAGUGAGGAAGGUUAUUCAUAAGGCUACCAAUACCACCAUGGUUAGGAAGGAGAUUAAGUAUGGACAUAUGAAUCAUAAAGAAAGGCAGCAGUUGAUAUCAGAAUGUAAAAUUUUAUCUCAAUUGAAUCAUGAAAACAUUGUCAAGUUUCAUUCGUGGGAUUUUAACGAAAGAUUGCAAGUUUUAUAUUUGUACAUGGAGUAUUGCUCAAACGGUGAUUUGAGUCAGUUGAUAUCUUUGUACAAAAAUGAGCAUAAGUAUAUUCCUGAACAAAUUAUUUGGGUUAUAUUAACGCAGUUACUACUCGCGUUAUAUCGUUGUCAUUAUGGUGAGGACCCAGCAACCUUGGUCACCAUUUAUGACAGGAUGAAACUACCCAGUGGGAGCAAGAAUAUUGUGAUACAUAGAGAUUUGAAGCCAGGUAACAUUUUCUUGGAUGGGAAUAAGAGUCGAACUAAUAACAGUGCAAAAAAUGGCAGCAGUGCAGUGGGGACAGUGAAACUCGGUGACUUUGGCCUUGCCAAAGCUUUAGGAAAUAGCAUUCAAUUUGCUACCACAUAUGUGGGGACGCCAUAUUACAUGUCUCCUGAAGUAUUAAGAGAUCAACCAUAUUCUCCACUGAGUGAUGUUUGGUCAUUGGGCUGUGUAGUCUAUGAGAUGUGCUCGUUGCACCCACCAUUCCAGGCUAAGAACUAUAGUGAGUUGCAAAAUAAAAUCAAGCUGGGAAGAUUCGAUAACAUCCCCGAAUACUACAGUGACGGUUUAAUGGCCAUAAUAAAAUCGAUGAUCAAGACAGAUAUGAAUGAUAGGGCUUCAAUAUUUGAACUAUUACAGGAUAUACAAAUAAGAACAACGAGAAAGUCAUUACAACUCGAGAAAUUUGAACGAAAUCUACUAGAUUAUGAGCAAGAACUAGUCAAUAUUGAGAAAAUUCUCGAAAAGCAGGCCAUAGAUUAUGAAAGAACCGUUAUGCAAUUGAAAGAACAAUUUGGAGAAGCAGUAGAGGAACGAACACGUGAGGUCUUGAAUGGUAAGAAGAUAGGUAAAAUACCUGAUUCCAUAAUCUACAGUAAUGAGUACAAUAAGAAGCUAUAUAAGCCAGCAUAUCAUUGGCAAACUCGAUACAGAUAA